AUGUCCUAUACCUAAGGAACUUAAGUAUUUGAAUAUAAAGGUUAGUAAUAUAUGCUUUAAGAAUUUAUGGAUAGAUAAAAAAUCAGAAGAGAAGACUAUAUAGUAAACUUAAAAGAGGCUGUUGAAUUUAAAUAACUUUUUUGUAUCCUAAAUCCAAAAUUAAGAAUUAAAGAACCUUUAGUCCUUUCAAAAUGUUCUUAAAAAAAUAUAGUUGAUUUUUAAUCAUUUUAUGAUGAAUUAAAGAAAAUUGAUUUUGAUAUUGAAAAUAUAGGAUUAACUUUAUGUAAAUGUCUAAGUUGUAACCAAAAUCCUAUUAAGACUAUAACAGGAAACAUUCAUUUUCAUGAACCAUUUUAUGAGGCUCUGAAUAAGUUUUCUAAAAUAGAUAAUUAAACAAAAUUAGAAAAAUUUACAUAUAAAUUUGAGAAAACAGAGGAAGAGAGUUAUGUUGUCAGAGAAUUAAUAUAGAUUAAUAAUCCAAAAAUUAAAGUUGUAUAAUAGCCCAAAUAAAUGGAUGCACAAAAUCUGAUAAAUGUAAAAGGAAAUGAAGGAUUUGUAGAUUUAAUGAAUGAUGAGGAAUAUUAAAAGUUCUUUGGUGCUACAUAAAUUUAAGGUUUUGCUUAUAAAGCUUAAGGUAUGUAAUAAAAUAUUGGGGUUUUAUAAAUUGAUUAUGGCAAAGAUGGUAUUCGUGCGAAUGUUGAAGAAGCGGUUGAGAAAUUGAAUCAAAAUGCUAAUAGUUAAUUAAAAUAAUUUCAUUUUAAUGUAGUUGGUAUGCAAGUUUAACUAAAAAACGAUGUUUUUAAUUAAAACAAAGGGGAGUUCAAAUUUUAAAAAUGAG